GCGGCCGCUCUGAGGGGAGUGCGGGAUGGUGGCGGCGCCGCCGGGGCCCGCCCGCCCGCCCGCACAUGGCGCGGCCCGGAGGCGGCGGCGGGGCAGCGCCCGGGGCCGCUGAGCCGGAGCGGAUCGGAGCGGGACGCCAAGGAGAAGCGGCCGGUGCCCCGCCGGCGCUGAUUUGGAGCCUGGGGACGGGGCUGUCCCGGGGGAUCUCCGCGGGGUGAGAGAAUGAAGAAGCCGGCCGGGCAGCAGCAGGAUGGGGCGGCAGGACCUCCCACGCGCUGACGGGCCCCCGCCGAUGCUCCCGUGGCCGCUGGCCCUGCUGGCCCUGAGCGCGUGCUGCCGCUGGGGAGUGGCCGGCGGGGCGGGCAGCACCGUGCCCCAGGGCCAUGCAGCCCCCGCCACCCCCUCCUCUUCCUCCUCGUCCUCCUCUCCCUCCGUGCGGGCGCCCCUCGACUGGCUCCUCACCGACAGGGGACCCUUCUACCGGGCGCAGGAGUACGUGGACUUCGUGGAGCGCUACCGGCAGGGUUUCACCACCAGGUACAGGAUCUACAGAGAGUUUGCUCGUUGGAAGGUGAACAAUUUGGCCUUGGAGAGGAAAGAUUUUUUCAGCCUUCCGCUUCCCCUGGCCCCUGAAUUCAUCCGCAACAUCCGACUGCUGGGGCGCCGGCCCAGCCCGCAGCAGAUCACCGACAGCCUCAUCAAAAAGUAUGGGACACACUUCCUGCUGGCUGCCACGCUGGGAGGAGAGGAGUCCCUGACCAUUUUUGUGGACAAGCGCAAGCUGAGCCGGAGGGCAGAGCCUGCGGGGGGCGCUGGGAACAGCUCGGGGGUCUCGCUGGAGACCCUGCACCAGCUGGCAGCCUCCUACUUCAUCGACCGGGAGAGCACCCUGCGCCGGCUGCACCACAUCCAGAUCGCCACGGCCGCCAUCAAGGUGACAGAAACACGGACAGGGCCACUUGGCUGCAGCAACUAUGACAACCUGGACUCGGUGAGCUCUGUCCUGGUGCAGAGCCCUGAGAACAAAGUGCAGCUCCAAGGGCUGCAGACGGUGCUCCCCUCCUACCUGCGGGAGAGGUUCGUGGCGGCCGCUCUCAGCUACAUUGCCUGCGGCUCUGCCGGGGAGCUGCUGUGCCGCCGGAGCGACUGCCGCUGCCAGUGCCAGCCCGCCUUCCCCCGCUGCAACUGCCCCGAGGCCGACAUCCAGGCGCUGGAGAGCAGCCUGGCCCAGCUGGGGAGAGCCUGGGAGAGCCACCACAGCCAGUUCGAGGAGUCAGAGGAGUUUCAGGCACUGGUGAAAAGACUGCCCACAGACCGUUUCCUGAACAGGACAGCCAUCUCCCACUUCUGGACCAUGGAUCUGGAUGUCCAGCAUCGCUACCAACAGCUGGGCACCAGCCUGAAGCUGCUCUCCAGGAAAACCUACCGGCUCAUCCGGCGGCUCUUCAACCUCAGCAAACGCUGCCACCGCCAACCUCGCUUCAAGCUGCCAAAGGAGAGGUCCCUCCCUUACUGGUGGAGCCGCGCGCAGUCGCUCCUGUACUGCAGCGAGACCACCGUGCCUGGGACGUUCCUGGAAGAAAGCCACAGCUGUACGUGUCCCUCGGAGCAGCCCUCCUGCCAGGGCUCCGUACCGUGUGCCUUGGGCGAGGGGCCAGCCUGUGCCAGCUGCGACCAGGACAACAGCACCCGCUGCGGGGCCUGCAACCACGGCUACGUGCUCACCCAGGGCUUCUGCCGCCCCGAGGUGGCCGACUCGCUGGAGCACUACCUGGGGCUGGAGACCGACCUGCAGGACCUGGAGCUCAAGUACCUGCUGCAGAAGCGGGACAGCCGCAUCGAGGUGCACUCCAUCUUCAUCAGCAACGACCUGCGCCUGGGCAGCUGGUUCGACCCCUCCUGGAGGAAGCGCAUGCUCUUGACCCUCAAGAGCAACAAGUACAAGCCCGGGCUGGUUCACGUCAUGCUGGCCCUCUCUCUGCAGAUCUGCCUCACCAAGAACAGCACCCUGGAGCCCGUCAUGGCCAUCUAUGUCAACCCCUUUGGGGGAAGCCACUCAGAGAGCUGGUUCAUGCCUGUCAACGAGGGCAGCUUCCCAGACUGGGAAAGGACUACCGUGGAUGCCUCUGCCCAGUGCCAAAACUGGACGAUCACCUUGGGCAACAAGCGGAAGACCUUCUUUGAAACGGUCCACGUCUACUUGCGGAGCCGCAUCAAGUCUCUGGAUGACAGCUCCAAUGAGACAAUCUACUACGAACCCUUGGAGAUGUCAGAUCCCUCCAAGAACCUGGGCUACAUGAAAAUCAACAGCUUGCAAGUCUUUGGCUACAGCCUGCCCUUUGAGCCGGACGCUAUCCGUGACCUGAUCCUCCAGCUGGACUACCCCUACACCCAGGGCUCCCAGGACUCAGCCAUGCUGCAGCUGCUGGAGAUCAGGGACAGGGUGAACAGGCUCUCACCCCCCGGCAAAAUCCGCCUCGACCUCUUCACUUGCUUGCUCCGGCACCGGCUCAAGCUGGCCAACAACGAGGUGGCGAGGAUCCAGUCGUCCCUGAGGGCCUUCAGCGCCAAGCUGCCCAACACGCUGGAGCAGGAGACGGGCAAGCUGUGCAGCUAGCGGCCGGGAGCGUCACACCUCGGCCAGGGGCUGCGAGGAAGGACUCCCUGGGGAGGAGAGAGAAACAACCACCCUAAAAAUUUAAAUCAAGGCCUUACCUUAGUGCCAACUGCGUGCUUCCAUGGGACACCCAGCAACCGGCCAAAGAGACGCAGGGCUCAAGAAGAUGGAGGAUGCCAGUGGGACUGAGGAGGGAUGGCUCAUGCAGUGCACACUGGCUCGGGGUGCGGGGACAAUGCCGCUCUGGCCACCACGGGGGUGUGCUAAUGGCCCAGGGGGGUGUGGCUUGGCCAGAGGCAGCUGCUGGUCCCGCCAGAGCAGGUGCUUAACCCACAGUAAGGAUCCCUCAGUGGCAGCCUCCUUGCCACCACAGCUUUUGUAGUCUUUUUAAGAGGUUUCUACUGGCACCUUUGCCUUUGCAUCCCCCAUGAUCCACCCUGCAGCUGUGCCCUUGCACACGGUGCUGGUGGGGGUCCAAGCACAGGGGAGGCCCUGGAGACUUAGCGGGUCUGCCCUGGGGCCUCUCCACGAGCACCUCGUGUCUGCUGCAGUGCUGAGGCACUCUCUCACCCCUUGCCUGGGAAGGACCUGGCACCUGCUCCAGGGAUGCUGCCAUCACAGACACUGGCAGAGACCUCUGGGCCAUGAUUCCCUACAAAACAACAACAAAAAAACCCCCACAACAACAACAUAAAAAACCUAAUGCAAAAGAAAGAAAAGGAAAAUGUUUUAUUUAUGUAUUUAUUUAUUUGGUUUGUUUGGGACAGGUUUUUUUUAAGCCUAUUCAUUUGGGGAGUGUCAUUUCUUGUCAGUGGCUCCAGCCAAGAGACAUCUUAGUAAAAUGUAUCUGUUUAAUAUAUUUUUUAAAAAACGCCUUUUUUGAGCAAAAGAGCAACCAAAACCAACUGAGAUUAAAAAAAAAAAAAAAAAAAAAAAAGAA